CUGGACUAUGUGGUGACGUGCGCCGUCUGCACGCGCUCAGACGCAGGAGACAUCCACAUUCACAGGAAGAAGUCUCAGCAAGUGUAUGCGUCGCCAAGUAAACACGCCAUGGACAGUAAAGGGGAGGAGUCUAAGAUGAGCUACCCCAACAUCUUCUUCAUGAUUGACAACUUUGAGGAGGUGUUCUGUGACAUGACGGUAGGCGAGGGGGAGAUGGUGUGUGUGGAGUUGGUAGCCAGUGAUAAGAGCAACACGUUCCAAGGAGUCGUCUUCCAAGGUUCCAUCCGCUACGAAGCUCUGAAGAAGGUUUACGACAACAGGGUGAGUGUGGCAGCGAAGAUGGCCCAGCGCAUGUCGUUCGGCUUCUAUAAGUACAACAACAUGGAGUUUGUCAGGAUGAAGGGGCCGCAGGGCAAAGGUCACGCUGAGAUGGCGGUCAGCCGUGUCCCGACCGGAGACACGUCCCCCUGCGGCACAGAGGAGGACCUGGACUCACCCCUACACGAGAGGGUAGGUAGAGUAGACAAAUAGGCACACACACACACA